AAUUCUUCAACGGAUUUCUGAAAUUUUUUAACGUACUUCCAAUAAGUGGAAAGAAUUUUAUUAAAAAAUUGGUAUUAAAUUGUAAGUGAAAAUAUGAUUAACAAGAUGGAUAUCUAUUUGAACAAUCCACUAGUUUCUAAAUGUUUACUUGCGACUAAAGCAAAAAACAUAAGAAAAGCAAUUUCUAUAGAAGAAAUCAGUUCUCUAGAACUGAAGGCAAUUGAGAAUACUUUAAGAGAAAUUUUAUAUGACACAGAAAUAACAAAAAAAGUCAGACUUUAUUGGACAAUGAUUAUUCUGGAAGGAGCACAACGGCUUCGUCAUGAAAAAUUGAAUAUCCUUUAUGAAAGAGCUAAUUCAUUACUACACUCUGAACAGUUGAAGAAAAGGACAAGACCAGAAAGCGCAAUAUCCAUUGAAGAUAUACCAAAAACUCCUGAAAUGCCAAAAUUACAUUUUCCUCUUACUCCACCUGAUGAACACCUUCUUAACGAACAGCAAGACGAUCUGCUUCGUAAUAUACCAAAUGGUCGCUCGUCACCUGUGGAGAAAGAAUUAAAUUUAAAGGAAAUGAUGCUGGCUUUUGAAAAGUAUUGCGAAGGAGAUCGAACAAGGGAAUAUGUGACUACAGCACGAAAUAUUACUGAAACAGAAGAAAUUGCAAUCCCUGAAAAUAUUCCAGUUUCUGACCUAGUGCCAGACACUCCGACAAAAAGACCAGCCUCCUUUGUUCGCCAUGAUGAUACGCCUAGUAAAAGAAGAAAAAUGUCAUCAAUGGUUACAGACCAGAUUGAAGCAGAAACGGAAGGACCGACUGAAGAUAAUAUGGAGAUAAAUGAACCAAUACUACAGAGGAUGGACGACAAUGAAACGGUGACCGAUCAAAGACUGGAUGAAAACGUUGCUGGAGAAAUAGAUGUAAAUGAAGCAUUUCCUCCGAGUCCAGUUGCUCAUGAGAGGGAAGCAGACAGACAAAUAGAAGAAAAAAUUCCCAGAGUUGAAAAUAUUCAAGUUCCAGAGGCUCAAAGGUUAUCGCAGAUAAGUGAGCCUGAAGGACCAGAAAUUCCAGCGCCUAAACCAAGAUUCAAGUUAACAAAAGUGACUGCUAACAAAAUGGUUCAACUAUCUGCACAAUUGACGUAUCAACAGAAACUUGAAUUUCAAAUAAGGAAGCACGAUCAGGAUAUACUGCCAUCAAUUCAUCAACCUUUGAGUAUUUUAGAAAGAACUGAAGAAGAAUUAACACGAAAUGAGAAUACAUUGGAUCUGUUUGAUGAAAUAUUUUAUAACACAUAUUUCCGUUUGGAAGUUAGAAGUAAGGUAGAUGAACGUGUGCAAGAACCACGAGAUGACGCAGUUCUUGAAUUAGAAAAUCAAGAACAUGAUAGACGAAUAAGUAGGGCUCCGAUAGAAGCGGAUAUUUCUGAUGUGAAUAAUACUGAUAGCAGAAUAGCUAAUCCACAAGAGUUGAGUGAGAGAAGCACUUUAGGACAUACCAUUCAAAUACCCAAUAUUUUAGUGAAUGAUCAGCCAAUAGAAGAUGUCUUAGAGCCAAUUUCAGAGUCUAAUGUUGAGCCUGCUGCAGACCCACCUUUUCAUUCUGUUGUAGAGCCCACAUUAGAUCAAGCUCAGGAAGCUACUUGCAAUCCUACUUUGCAGUCUCCUUCACAGUUUAGAUUACAAAUUUCAAGGGUUUAUGAGGCAGAUAGUUAUGCAGCAUUUUUCGAGAAUUUAUCUUUCUCUGAAGGAGAAAUAGUGGAAUUGGAUGUAAUUAUUCCCCCAGAGAGUCAUAAUAAACUAUCCUUAGUAAGAUGUUUAUAUUGUCUUCUUGAAUUUCAGAAGGAGAAGAAGAUUCUUUUGUCCCAAGAUACAUGUUAUGGUCCUAUUCUUAUUCGAAAAUGGCCAAUAAUUGAAUGAAGAGAAAUACUAGGUACAAAAAUAAUUUAAUAUUAUUUUUUUAAAUUUUAUUUAGCAGGUACUGAUAUAUUUUUAAAUUGUACAUUACUUAAAUUUUAA